AGGCGGGUACUUCAAGCAGACGGUAGAAUUCCUGCGAACUUCGGGAGAGUUGUGCGCUGGAGCGACGCCGAACCGAACCGACCCGGAGCCCGAGCGAGAUGACCGCGGUGCGCCUGAUCCUGACCCUGAUCCUGGGCUCCGUUCAGCUCUGCAGAACCGACCCGCGGCCCGGGGAACCCGAUGAGCUGUUGGUGAUCACCGCCGCGACAGAAGUGAACGAUGGCUACCUGAGGUUCAUGCGCACCAUCCGACAGUUCAACUACACCGUUCAGGUUCUGGGGCUGGGUGAGGAGUGGAAGGGUGGUGAUGUGGCGCGGACCGUCGGCGGAGGUCAGAAGGUUCGAUGGUUGAAGAAAGAACUAGAGAAACACAAAGACAAGCAAAACACGGUUAUCAUGUUUGUAGACAGGGAGGCAUGUAAGAAGGACGUCUCCUGCGAUUAUUUCUUCAGCAUCGACGCUGAUGUUGCUCUGACCAAUCCAGAUGUUUUGCGGAUUCUCAUUGAAGAGAACAACCUGUCCUCCAGAGGUUUGUGGAACGUUCCCUACAUCACUCAGGUCUAUCUGAUCCGCGGAGAGACCCUGCGCUCGCGUCUGGCCCCCGUUUCUCUCUACCAGCAGGAGGGCAUGGAUCCAGACAUGAUCUUCUGCAAGAGCGUGCGCGAGCAGGGCGUCUUCAUGUUCGUGUCCAACAGGGAUGAGUUCGGCCGUCUGAUCUCCUCCACCAAUUACAACAUCAGCCGUCUUCAUCCGGACAUGUGGCAGAUAUUCGACAACCCAGUGGAUUACAACGAGAAGGUGAUUUAUGAGGACAUUUUCAGUAGAGUGUGCGAGUGUGAUGUGUGUGUGAGUGAGCGUGUGUGUGUGUAUGUGUGUGUGUGUGUGAGUGAGCGUGUGUGUGUGUGAUUGUGCGUGUGCGAGUAAAUCAGCAGCUCAUGUGUGUGUCUCUCUCAGGAUGAACGGUUAUCUGGAGGUUAUGAAAACGUUCCUACAGUCGAUAUUCACAUGAAUCAGAUCCAGUAUGAGAAAGAGUGGCUGAAGUUCCUCAAAGACUACAUCGUUCCUGUGACGGAGAAACUCUACCCAGGAUACUAUCCGAAGGCUCAGGCUGUGAUGAAUUUUGUGGUUCGUUAUCGUCCUGAUGAGCAGCCGUCGCUCCGUCCGCAUCAUGAUUCCUCCACGUUCACCAUUAACAUCGCGCUCAACAGAAAAAACAUUGAUUAUGAGGGCGGAGGCUGUCGGUUCCUGCGUUACGACUGUACGGUCGAGUCUCCCAGGAAGGGCUGGUCGUUCAUGCAUCCGGGCCGUCUGACGCACUAUCACGAGGGGCUUCCCGUCACUCGAGGAACACGAUACAUCAUGGUGUCGUUUGUUGACCCUUGAAGCUUAUGUGAACUCUCUCUGUCUGUGAGUGUGUGUCGGUGUGUGUCGGUGUGUGUGAGUGUGUGUGUGUGUGUGCGUGUG